AUGUCUGGUCAGUGGUCACUAUCGGCAUGGCCCACCGCUAAUGCGACCCGGUGGGAGGCUCCCACGUUUGGGGCGGCGGCUCGUUUCCGCGUGGGGGCCACGGCGAUACUGUUUGCCGUAGCAGCCGCCGGCAACCUGACACUGAUGGCCAGCGUGUGGGGCGGGCGCAACCGACGUCACUCAGCCUCUCGCCUGCGACCGCUCAUGGUCAGCCUGGGGUCAGCCGAUCUGAUGAUGACCUUUGUGGUGAUGCCUCUUGACGCAGCGUGGAACGCCACGGUGCAGUGGUACGGGGGCGACGCCUUGUGCAAGUUGCUCAGCUUCCUGAAGUUGUUGGCCAUGUACGCCUCGGCUGCGGCGCUGGUUGUCAUCGGCCUGGACCGCCAUUGCGCCAUUGUGCGACCUCUGCGCGUUCUGAGUGCCCGGCGCAGGAACAGACGCAUGUUGGUGCUGGCCUGGAGCCUCAGCCUGUUGCUCGCCGGACCACAGCUGUUUGUGUUCGGCACGGUGGACGCGGGCGUCGACUUUACGCAGUGUGCAACGCACGCCACAUUCAGUGUCCACUGGCAGGAAACCCUCUACAACAUGUUCCACUUCAGCACCUUGUUCGCGCUCCCCCUGCUGGUGAUGAGCUGCUGUUACGGCCGCAUUAUGCUGCACAUCAACAACACCCACCUGAGGAAUAAAGGCCAACUGCGUCGUAGCAGCAGCGACGGCAUCUCCAAGGCCAGGAUGAAGACUCUGAAGAUGACCGUGGUCAUCGUGCUCUCGUUCAUAGUGUGCUGGACGCCGUACUACCUUCUGGGAGUAUGGUACUGGUUCCAGCCCGAAGUGGUCCACUUCACUCCCGAAUACAUCCACCAUGGCCUCUUCCUCUUCGGGAACCUCAACACUUGCUGCGACCCACUCAUCUACGGUUUCUACACACCCUCCUUCCGGGCUGACCUGGCCGCUUGCUGCUGCCCCAACCGGCAGGGACCGGCCACCACCGAUUUUGGGCUCCCUGUCCCCCGUGCCCGGAACGAGUCAGAAGGACGAGUAAGGCUGCCGAGUUCCCAUGCCCAACAGGAAGGAAUGGGUCUUAGCCUUUUACCGACAAUUUGCCGAAAAUCGCCAAGCGUGAACACAUCCGAAAAGAAGCCAGUGCGUGACAAAAUGAACGAUGGGAAUACGCCUGGCGAUUUCCUUCCAGCAAGUGUCCUCUAG